AUGCAUAAAACACAGCUAAUUAACAAGACAUUGGACUUACAUUUAGCAGAAAUCAAAAGAAAGAGCUCGCUGAAAUGGAUUUCAUUUAAUUUUCUCAUAUUAUCAGUGCUAGUUUUUGAUAUUUAUAAAACAGAUAAUAUUUCUGAUAAAUUCUACUGGAUCGAAGUUACAGCUAGCAUAAUUAUACUAUGCUCAUUGCUUAAAAACAUUAUUACAUACUUAUAUUAUACGUGGUUCAACGAGGAAAUUGCAUGUGAGAAUGAGGAACAAAGAAUAUUAUUAAGUUUAAACAAGUCAAAUUCAUUCGUAAAGGCGCCAUCAACGAAUAAGCUAUGUAAACAAGAGACAAACGAUAUGCUUACUGGAAACAUAAGAAAUUUGAGUUGGCAGAAUUAUGCUGAACCAACUACAUCAAAUUUGAGUCAACAUACGAGCUGGAUGAGCAACACCUCUAUCGGAAGUUAUGAUUCCACUUUAACACAUCAUUCGGACGCAAGUUAUAGUUUUCAGUCACCAUCAAGGUUCAAUAAAUCUGAUUUCAUAACAGAUCGUAAGAGAAUGGAAGAAUACUUAAAUGACGUCACUGAUCAAGAAAAGAGGAUCGCAAGUGCUGCAGAAGCACAGAGUAAUUUUGUUAGUUCUUUCAACUCAUUUUGGGGAAGCUUUGAUGUUAAUGGCUUUGUAUCGUCACUAAAGAAUCUAACUUACCAGCUAUCGCCUCAUAAUAAGCAAAGUUUGAGGGAUGAAUCAUUUAGUAACAAAGACGAGGAACAUGCUGAAAUAAUAAGAAAAAUGAGUGCUAAUAAGCUCUCAAAUUACGUUGCCAAUUUAAAAAUGUAUAUCCAUAAGACAAUUUUGGAACCAUUAGUUCAUGCCAUCGAUGACACUGACAAAGCUUUUGAACAGCGCGGAUUUACAGACAUGAAAAUUGGACAUGUUGGAAUUGAGAGAUUAAAGAAAAUUGCAUCAUCGAAUCAGCAGUUAAUUCAAUUUGUUCCAACUCUUCCUAAGUUAAUACCAUUUUUGGAAUUGACAACAAAUCAAGAAUUUCUCGUUCAACGUUUUCGUGAACUUGCUAAAGGAAGUUGCUUAAAAAAUUAUAAAUUUACAUCCAGCACUUUUGAUCCAUCAAAUCAGAAUGAUCACAAACCUAAUGAUGCUGGAAUAUUGUUCCAUUUAUUCUGCUGUUAUCUGGAUUCUCAAUUGCAGCCAGUUCCUGACAUUUCCAGACCAUUCUAUAAUCGCUAUGUUAUUAUUGGAGAUUCUAAAAAGACCAACGUCGAUCACUACGUAAAGGAAGCUACAAGGAACAAAUCAAAAUGUGCUAUUUUAUGUAGUAAUCCAAUAACACCGAAAUUCAACUUUGUUACUGACAAGAUUCAUGGAAGCAGCCACGAUCGUAAUAAUCUAUUCUAUGUCAUCAUUCAGUUCCUAUUUCACCUUAAAUCUGAUGGAAUGAUGCUCGAAACUGUAUCACUAGGAAAAUCUGGAUUAAAUCUAAUUAAUGUAAUUGAAGAUUAA